AUGGUUAGAGCUGAGUCGGGUUCUUUGGCGCCACCGAAGCAAAAGCUCGUCCUUGGCUGGACACAUCGGUCAUCGGUUAGAUUGUUAAGCAAAACGGUCACCAGCUACCUGCCAACGCAGGUGACCGAUGUGUUCAGCCAAGGACGAGCUUUUGCUUCGGUCUCACUGCCCGAGGCAGGAGUGCGUCGCAUGUGCGCCAUUACCACGAUACAAAAACAGCUCAGACUCUUGAUUGCCUCGCAGGAUGGUUAUCUGUAUGUAUAUUCCAUACCAUCUAUCGAGGGUGCCGAGUGCCAGUUGAUCAAGCGACACGAUCUACGUUUGGAAGAUCAUUAUGCCAUGGAUAUUAAAGGCCUGAACAGUGGCGUAAGCAUCGGCGGUGCUGCUGGCGUUCCCCCCAGUGGUGCUGGUGCUGGUGCUAGUGGAAGUGCUGAUGGAAAAUCGACUGCCACUGACAAGCCAGGUGGCAGCAGCUCCACAAGUGGCGGUGGCGGUGCCAGCGGAAGUGGAAGCGCUGGGGCUAGCUACGCCUCGGCCGUAAAGGGUGACGAACCAGUGGGUGGAGGACCUUCAUCCACCUAGAUGCAAAUUCAAUUCGCGAACAACCAGAGAAAUAGAUCAGAAACCAUAACAACAAACUCACUCCUCAAAGUACUACGGACGAUGAUGCUAAAGUGAUUGCAAUUUGGAGCUCAUGCAGCUGGCGACGAUGAAGAUUGGGCGACGGUAGUAGCCUCUGUGUGGCGUCAAGCAUAUUUAAGUAAAGAAAUAAAUAGGUCAUAGACUUAAUUUAGCUUUUAAUGUUAUCAAUGGCGACCGCUUCCUUGUUUUUUACCAGCAAAAAGGGACACCACUCGCGUGUCGCGUUUCUCCUUUUUUUUUUUAAACCCAUUAUAAAUACAAGCAAUGCUUAGUUGUUAAGCCCCCGUCCCGUUCGUGGCGCUGCCUUUGGAAUAGGAAAAUGCUUUUUGUCAUACACUCUUAAGUUAGUUGUUAAUUAAUAAUUUAAAACGAUUUAUAAAUUUGCUUUCAUAAUUGAAUUGAUUUGCCCUGCUUUUUACAAAUAAACGGCCUUUGCAAAUUA